CUGAUCGCUGCGAUGAAUUCGGCAGUGGACAGCUUUAAUCAAUGUCUUGAUGAAAUAUAUCUUAAAUUAAACCAGCAAGAAGCAGCUCGUGUUACGAGGAUGCAAGAAAUUAUGCCUCCAUUAGGAAAUAUAUUGCGUCAGAUAACUCAACACGAGUGGGCCGAACCGUUUAUGAAGCCUGUUGACGUGAUAGGUCUUGGCUUGCACGACUACUAUCAAGUUAUUGAAAAACCGAUGGAUUUCAGUACAAUGAAAACCAAAAUGGAGGCCAGAGAUGGAACUGGUUAUAAAAACAUUCUAGAAUUUUGCGCAGAUGUGAGGCUGAUAUUUAAUAACACAAUUAAAUAUAACGACGAGAGGGAUGAUGUACAUAUAAUGGCCAAUUUCUUGUUGAAUAAGUUCGAGGAGAAAUGGUCGCAAAUUUCGCCAAAAGUUGAUGAAGAGGAAAAAAGGCGUAGAGACGAAGAAUUCGAGAUGCAAUAUCAUAUUAUACAGCUUGCUCAGGAGGCUGCUCAUGUCAAAAUGGCUCGAGAUUUAACUUUUUAGGUAAUUUCAUAAAAAAAAAACUCUUUUAUCUACGUUGAAUAUAUAUAUGUUUUUUUUGGGUCAAACGCAGGAGAUAAUAUCAUUAUCACUGCCGAAAGUUUGAUAUAAUAAAGUUUAGUACCAAUGCUACCGAAAUCUUCGGGAUGCCAAAGUUGGGUUUACCAAAAAUUCGAUACGGUACGAUAAUAGUUAGUACCAACUUAUGUUGGUCUACGAAAUUGGAUAAAAAUCGGAUAUUACUUUUUCAAUGGAAGCAAUUUUAUGCAUA